AUGUUAAAAUUUCUUGAUAAUAGGGAUCCUCCUAGAAUAAAAAGAGGUUUAGAUUUUAUGCGUUUUGAGAGUAACAGUCAUCUUCCAAAUAAUAAAUAAUUUAAUAGUCCUAUUCAUUAAGAUGUGGUUAUUCAUCAUGAUAAUCCUCAAUAUUAUGUUACAAAGAAAUUACCUCCUAUUUCUAUUUAUAAUCCUUUAGUUUAAUUGACAGACUCAGUGGAUAGACCAGAAUAUAUAAUUAAAUAAAAAGAAAUCUAUCAUUCUCGUUAUAUGGAUGAAUACUAAAAAAAAGGGUUUAAAAAGAAGUAGGGAAUUUUUGAAUCAUUCUAACAUUUACUUAAUCAGAAUCGUAUUCUAAUAUAAGGGAUUCAUUCUGAUAAAAAACCUUUAACCUUUCCAGCUAUAAGAGAAUAUUAAAAAAGGAAUUCUUAAUCUGUAAAUAUUGAUAAAUAACUUUCUUCAAGGAGCUAUGAUAGCUCAAAUAUUAAUAGAAUUAAUUAAGAUAGUANAAUCAAUAUUAUAAGAAUUAUGAAAUGCAUGAUGGAAACUAUACCUAUAUUCAACAAUGACAGAGAUCCAGCACAACCUGGAUUUAUACCACUUAUUGAUUAAGUAAUUUUUCAUUAUUAUAUAGCCACUACAUCUUUAACAUAAUGAUCAAUAUCAAAAUCAAUACUAAAAAAAGUAUUCAGAAUUGACCAAAAAAAAUAAAGUGCUUGUAAUUAUUUUUUAUAAAUACAGCAUUUUCCAAAACCCAAAAGUUAGUCAAAAUAUUGUAAUGUUUGCAAAUAACAUUAUGAAGAAUAUUUGGAUGUAUUAUUUUCACUUAUUUAAGCAUAUCAAAUCAAAAACACAUAAAACGCAAUUUACUAAAAAUCAAUAUAUCAAAAAAAUCAUCUCUUAAGCCAAAGAAGUUCAAGAAAAAGUUGUACCAACAAUUGAAUAACAAGAAUCUACUGAAGUAUAACCUAAGAAAAUUAAAAAAACUAAACUUUCUUGA